UCAAACUUUUGCACAAGAAAUCUGGAUACUAGUGUUUUGUUUACAGAAAGUGAGUUGAGCACCAGUUUGUUUACGUCUUAUUUAACGCACGAAUUGAAAAUCUGUGGAAAAAAACUAAAACUGGUUUCUUUCUUACUAAAAACAUCAUUAUGAGACAAACAUGAGUGUCAUUAUCUUGACAUUAUUAUGCUAUAAUGUAUUUUAUCACAUGUUGGAUAAAUUUGCUAUUGAUGUCAACACGUUGUUUUUCAACUUUCGAUACGCUGAAUGAAAAUGGCUUAUUGAAUGAUCAUAAAGAAAGCAUCGAAGACAUCACUCAAGUGGAAAAUUCAGUUAAAACUGUCAAUCAAAAAAUGAAGCAUAAUGGUACAAAUAAAAUGGACAAAAGUCUUAAAAUUUCUUAUGCUCAUAAACUAAACAUUUUUCCUAAAUCUUACAAAGAGAGCAGCGCGAAUCGAGCCAAAGAUAAAAUAGAUAUUAAAAAAGAAAGUUUAAAAAAGAAGCAUAAAAUUAUAAAAAAUAAAAAAGUAUUAAUAAAGUUAGGCAAAAUAACCAGUACAUAUCAAAACACUACAGCAGAUAGUUUCUUUUCAACUGCCAUAAAUCUAAAUCCAAGGUCUCAAUUUCAUGGCAUUUCAACGUACAAUCAUCUAAUACCUCGUUUCCUUAACAAAUCAAAGUCGAUUUCAUGGAAGGUUGUAGAAAAUUUAUCUCAAAAUAAUAAAACACUGUUAUCAAAAAUAUAUAAAAACAAAAAUAUAACUUUAAUUAGCAACCAUAACAAACUUAAAGUUUUGCAAAAAAAUAGCAUAACAAAACUAAAAAAGCGAAAAAAAUCUUUUAAAAAGAGAAGAAGCAAAAAAACAAAUCAAAAUGAAGUCUCAAAACGUGACCAAUCUUUAUACCCACAACCAAAAGUUGAAGUAUUUCCUGUAUCUAGUUCAAGCGACACAAUGCUUCGAUUAGCUGAAGAUCCAGUUAAUCCGAGCAAAUUAAUAGCUAUAAAACCGGUUCAGCCAGAUGUGAACUUUAACAUGUAUCCAAUUGUAGAUACAGCAGACUCUAUUGUAAGAAUUAAACCUAAAAACGAUGAUGUUUUAAGUAGCCCUAUGGAUGACAUAAAAGAAAAAUUUUCCAACGAUGCCAUCUCUAGUAAACGUGAUGAAUCAAUAUCAAGAGAAAAAAAUAACCACAGCCCUUUUUCAAAACUUUAUGCAUCUGACGUUGAUCUAAUUGAAUCACGUGAUAUAAAAAAAGGUAUUCAUUAUUUUCCUAAACAUAUUUUUGACUCUAAAGGGCAAGAUGAAGUUGGUUACACAAAGGAACAAGAUGAAGUUGGCAACUCAGAAGGAAGAGAUGAAGUUGGUUACACAAAACGUGGAAAAAAUGCUGCUGAAGACAAUCACCACAAAAAAAACGAUGAUGAGAAAAAAGAUGAAGAGGAUGAUUAUAAAUUUAACGAAAAUCCUAAAGAAUAUGCUCACAAGACAGAUACCAAUAAAAAUAACGAAAACCAUCAUGACAACAGAGAUAGCAAAUUAAAGGCUGAUGAUCAAGAUGAUGAAGUCAAUCAUGACAAACCGCCUUAUAAAGUUCAACCGUAUGUUACAAAUGAAGAAUUUAAACCCCGAUUUGAUGAUAUUAGUUCUGAAGAUAGAGAUGAAACUCCUAAUCGAUUAAAUCCAUCGGAAAAUAAUUUCCAUCAUGAAAUAAACAGAAUGAAAAAUGAAAAUAAUUCGCCUCAUAUCAAUAACGAUGAUAACUUUGAUUUCGAAAAUCGAGAAAAACUGCCUAGUCCAUUUGAAGAAAGAAGAAUGAACAACAAUGAACAUUCCUCUACUUUUCACGAACAAAAAAUUCCGGAACCAUACAGACAUAUUGAACUGCGUACAACAAAUGAUGGCAAAAAUGAGUACGCUUCGAAGAAUUUUGACGAGCCAAAUAAAGACUAUACAGAGUUUCCAGAAGCAAAAGAUCCACAAAAUUUUGAUUACCAUUCAAAAGACCCGCGUGAAUUUGACAAUCAUUACAACGACAAACAUUCUCCGGAAGAAAAUGAGAGGUUUGCAGGAGAACGAGUAGGAGAUGUUGUUGUUGAAAGCAAUCCUAGUCCUCAAUUUGAACCAGCACCGUAUUCAAAUUUUCCUGAAAAAAUUGAUAACCUAAACAAUGAUAAUAUUUUUAAAGGAAGAGAAAAUGAAAAUAUUUACGGUAGAGGCGGUUAUGGAAGACGAGAUAAUAAUAAUAAUUACAAAGAAAAUGACGACAAAAAGGAUGAUGAUGAUAAUAAUAACGAUGAUGAUGACGAUGAUGAUGAUGAUGACAACGAUGAUAACGAUGACGACGACGACGAUGAUGAUGAUGAUAAUGAUAAAAAAGAUGAAAAGAAAAACAAAAAGUUAAUAAGCAAAGAAGAUUCUGAUCCGGCUGAAGACGAAGAUGUUAAUUGGGAUGAUAUAGCGUGGCUAGGUGAGUAUGGUCAUGCAAAGUACAGUGAAAGUGGAAAGUUUUCCAAGCCUCGAAUGUAUACAUGUAUGCUUGAAAAAAUGAAAAGUAUGCAGAGCAAUCCAAUGUGUGCUACAUCAAAACGUCAUGGUUUGGAAAAGCGAAGAAAAAGUCUGAACGGUCGCUCGACCCAUCGUAGGAGGCACCAUAAAAAAAAAAAUCAUCACUUCAGAAAAAAAAACUCAAGCGAAUACAUUACUCAAGCUGAGCAAAUAUAUGAUAAAAACAUACAAAAUGAGAAAUAUGAAGAAAAAGAAAACAGUUCACAGUUUGUUAUGCAGCCUAUUUUUGCAUUGCAGGCUCCCUUUGUAAUGCAACCACUUUUGAAAAAACACAACAAAAAUUUAUUAAACAACCAACAACAGACCGGUGUGGAAACAACAAAGCGUCAAUUAAUAAAUUUUGGAAAUUUUAAAAAUAAGAUUUGGUUUAAAAACAAUCCCAAAUCCAUUAUUGAGAGAGUAGAAGAUUCUCACGAUAAUCUCAAUUUUGUUCACCGAGUUUAUCAUGGUGAAGAUCACGGGGAUUUUGGCUUGACACAUUCAUCAAACAAUUAUAAAAAUAUGAAACCGAUGAUGAAAUGGUCUAAGUUCCCGCCUUUUAGCAAGAUGAAAAUUUCUGUCCAUUUUAGGCAUAAGUUUCGCAAACAUGCCAAUCACAAAAAAUACAAGAAUCAAAUGAAAAAUAGAUUGAAUAAAAUUAACUCGUUUAAAAGUUUAAAUAUGAAAUACCCACCAGCUUUUGCUAAAAAUACUCCAAAAGAUUCUGAAAGUUACCAAGGAGCUUUUCCUAAAGAUGCUCCAAACGAUUCUUAUGAAACGUUAACAAAAAGCUCUAAUGAACGUUCAACAAACAGUUAUCCAGGAGCAUUUCCAAAGGUUAUUUCCAAAGAAUUUUCUGAAAAUAUUCCAAAAGAUAAUCAUGGAACGUUUCCAGCAGAUACUUCUAAUGAUUGUCAAGAAAAAAACGAUGAAGAUUCUUUAGAACAUUUGAGUAACAAAGUACCUAAGAGCUUUCCAGAAAAUUAUGAGCAAGAUUCUCCGCAGCAUUUUCCAAAAGAUUAUCCUUUAAUUUUAACUAAAAAUGGUUGCAAAGAAUCUCACAAAGAUUUUUCAAAAGAUUCUUCAGAACAUAUUAAUAAAGAUGUACUUAAAGAAUCUGCAGAACGUUUUUCUGAAGACAUCCCCAACAGCUUACCAAAUGAUCAAAGUUUAUCAGUUAGUUACAAUAAACACAACUCCAAAGACUCUCAAAGACAAGAUUUUUCAAAAGGUUCUUCGGAACAUAUCAAUAAAGAUGUACUUAAAGAAUCUGCAGAACGUUUUUCUGAAGACAUCCCUAACAGUUUACCUAAUGAUCAUAGUUUACCAAUUAAUUACAAUAAACAUAACUCCAAAGACUCUCAAAGACAAUUUACAGAAGAUAAUCCUGACUAUUUUUCAAAAGAUUUUUCACAGGAAUUUUCGCAACAGUUUCAGCAUAGUUAUCCCUCAAACUCUGAUAAAAAUAACAUGGAAAAAUUUUCAAAAGAAUAUUCUAAACCUUUUAUUAAAGACAUGGACAGAGAUUUGUUGGAUGGUUUAAAUAAAGAAACAGAUCCUUACCAAAAAUGCAAAGAAUUGAAAAACCAAAGAACACAACGUAAAGCUUUGACAAGUUCAAGACGGAUAACAUUCAAUCCCAUGAACAGCACUGAUAUGGCAGAUAAAAUAAAGAUUGACAUUAAUGAAAAACCAAAUGUCGAACCUGUGGAAAUAAACGGGAACAUUGUAUUAGCUAUCCCACAUAUUGUUCAACAGGUGGAAAACUGGAAAAUUUCUGAUAUGAAUAAAGUAUCUUUGCUUCCAGAAGAAGAGAUUUGCUAACUGUUGGUUAAAUAUUGUUUAUAGUUGUAAAAUAUUACAUCGACAAAAUAUUUUUUUAAAUUGCAAAAUAGAAGUACUUAUUUAAAAUUGUAAAAUAAAAGUCAUUAUUUUAAAUUCCGAAAUAGAAGUCAUUAAAUUGCAAUUGAUUAAGAAGCUUUUUAUAUUAGUUUAUUUUGGCAAUAUACAAGUAUUUGUCUAUAUAAAAUUAAUAUCAAGAGAGAAAUUUUUUCAUUUUUAUAAUUUACCCUUAUGUGUUUA